AUGCUGACAGCACCGGUGUCUUCCCUCCUGCUGCUUCUGCUGGCGCUGGUAGCGCUCGCGGGGGCGGUGGUGAUCGCACGCGGAGGUUUUAUUCGACUCGCCGUGGGAGCCCUCAUUGUGGCGUUGCUGCUCUCCGUCAUUCUCUCGUCGUGUGCCGUCACGUUGUUGGAGGCGUCGAGCGGGUUUUCUGCGGAUGCGGCGGCCGUAGUGUUUCUGCGCGGCGCCCUGGCCGCGAUGGCGCAGCCAACCAUUGCGGGUAUUGUCCUGCUCGCCAUGCUGGUGGUUCUCGCUAUGAGCACCGCCCGCGUGUGUGGGUUGGUGGAGGAUAUCCAAAUCCUGCUGGACGCACACAAGGCAGUGGCCGAGGUAGAGAAGCCGGCUUCCUCGCAGCGGUGA